UGUGCCCUGUUGUGAUUUGAGGAGGGUCAAGAGGGCGCAGGUCGGCACCGAGAAAGCGAGGUUUGCAUGCUGCAGCCGUGAGCAGGCAAAGCACUUGGCCGGAGUACAUUCGCCCCCGCUUCUCCUCCCGCAGGAGGGACUGGCCAGAGAGCACGGCGGAGGCCCGAGGCUUCCCGGAGUUGAGCUGAGGCUGGGUGUUGGGGAGUUGGGGGCGGAGCGCCUGGGGGCGGAGUCGGGGAAACCCCGGAGAUAAGAGGCGGCGCGGGCGGCUGGAGGCUAGAGCAUCGCCGAGCUCAUGGAAGAGAAGCAGAUCCUGUGUGUGGGGCUAGUGGUGCUAGACAUCAUCAAUGUGGUGGAGAAGUACCCUGAGGAGGACGCGGACAGCAGGUGCCUGACCCAACGAUGGCAGCGUGGUGGCAAUGCCUCCAACUCCUGCACCAUCCUUUCCCUCCUAGGAGCUCCCUGUGCUUUCAUGGGCUCCUUGGCUCCUGGACAUGUUGCUGACUUUGUCUUGGAUGACCUUCGCCGAUACUCUGUGGAUCUGCGCUACACAGUCCCCCAGCGUGUGGGCUCCGUCCCCAUCUCCACUGUCAUCAUCAGUGCAGCCACUGGCAGCCGUACCAUCCUGCAUGCUAACAGCUUCCUGGUGACUGACUUUAAGUAUCGGGGCGUGGACGUGUCGCAGGUGGUAUGGCAGAACAAGGGCGAAACACCUUGCUCCUGCUGCAUCGUCAACAACACCAAUGGUUCCCGUACCAUUGUCCUCUAUGACACAAACUUGCCAGAUGUGUCAGCAAAGGACUUUGAAAAGGUUGACCUGAAUCGGUUCAAGUGGAUCCACAUUGAGGGCCGAAAUGCAUCUGAGCAGGUAAAGAUGCUGCAGCGGAUAGAACAGCACAACAAGAAGCUUCCCGUAGAGCAGCGAAUCAGGACGUCUGUGGAGGUUUUUGUCAGCAAGGACGUGGCCAAGCACAUGGGGUUUCGGUCAGCAGCUGAAACCCUAAAGGGGUUGUACAGUCGUGUGGGGAAGGGGGCUGUGCUAGUAUGUGCGUGGGCAGAGGAGGGAGCAGAUGCCUUGGGUCCUGAUGGACGGCUCCUGCACUCUGAUGCAUUCCCACCACCCCGAGUGGUGGAUACACUGGGAGCGGGAGACACCUUCAAUGCCUCUGUCAUCUUCAGCCUUUCUCAGGGGAAAAGCCUUCAGGAGGCAUUGACUUUCGGCUGCCAAAUAGCAGGCAAGAAGUGUGGCAUACAAGGCUACGAUGGAAUCGUGUGAAUGCCCCAGACAUCCAAAGGCACAAUCUCAGCCGGCUCUAGGGACAUGAGGAAGCCCAGGCGUUGCUGGGUGUCUCUGCCCACCCUGGCACCAGGGCCCCUCAGAUUGCAGAGCGGGUUCAGCCUGGGCUGGAGCUCCCUGUCUCCACCACCCCUCCGUUCUCCGCUAUCUCUUCAGACCAAAUAAACAUUCUCCCACCA